AUGAGGUCGACCCAUUUCUUGGCGGUUUUCAUUUUCUUCCAUCUCCUAGAGGUUCAAUGUUUUGUAAAUUCACAACAGAAAGGGUUUCUCUACAAUGACUUGGGGAACGCUUUUCUGAGCCGCGAUGGUGCAGCUCAAGUCGCAGACAAUGGCCUGUUGCAGUUAACUGAUCACAGGGACAAGUAUCAGACGGGUCAUGCCUUUUAUUCCCGUCCGUUUCAGUUGAACGGUAAUGUAUCCUUCUCUACCACCUUUGUUGUUGCAAUUGCAUCUGAGUUUGGCGCCAAUGGAUUAAGCGGUCAGGGGAUGGCUUUUGUUAUUACACCUCAACGGCGGAUUCCAGGAGCUCUGCCAAACCAAUACCUUGGCCUGUUUAACGAGUCCAGCAAUGGACAAUCCGCAAACCAUCUCCUUGCGGUGGAGCUAGAUACUGUCUACAAUAUUGAGUUCGACACUAUCCAGGAACCCCAUGUUGGGAUUGACAUCAAUAGUCUAAAGUCUCUCAAUUCCACCGUGCCUGCAUAUCCCGUCGACGGGAAAUCCGAAAAGAUAAAUCUUAACAGCGGGGAACCGGUUCAGGUGUGGGUAAAUUAUGAUUGGAUAGACAAGCUACUAACUGUCUCAUUAGCUCCACUUCACGCGUCAAAGCCAGAUGUUCCUCUCUUGUCAUUGUCCAAAGAUCUCUCGACUGUUUUCUUGGAUUCCAUGUACGUCGGAUUUUCCGCGUCAACCCAAAGUAUACCGACGUAUCAUUACGUAUUAGGGUGGAGUUUUCAGAUUGAUGGUGAAGCUCCUGCGCUGAAUCUUGCAAGCCUUCCUAAGCUACCUCAGCCGGCUCCUCCUCCUAAAAAGAAAUCAAAGUUGGUAAUAAUUCUGCCUGCAACACUUGGUCCAAUCUUUGUUUUAGCACUGGUGGCGAUCAUUUGGUACCUCUGCAAAAAAUGUCGUACGCCACCACCGCAGUUUAUAACUAGGACCUAA